AUGUCUUUUCGUCUUUCUAGUGGUUCCCGGCGCAUCUGCUCUCGCCCUGGGUCUGUGAGGCUGUCUAGCUGUGGAGGUGGCUUUGGGGCUGGAAAUUCAUGCAGUGGUGGCUCUGGCGUGGGGAGCAGUUUUUCUGGUACGAUAGGGGGAGCCUCAUCGGGAGGGAGCUAUGGCGGGGGCUUGGGGAGUGGUGUCUGUGCGGGCUUUCUGGGAAAUGAAAAUGGACUGCUCUCUGGCAACGAAAAGGUGACCAUGCAGAACCUGAAUGACCGCUUAGCUUCCUACCUUGAAAAUGUGAAAGCUCUGGAGGAGGCAAAUGCUGAUUUAGAGCAGAAGAUCAAAGGGUGGUAUGAAAAAUAUGGCCCUGGCUCCUGCCGGGGGCUUGAUCAUGACUAUAGCAGGUAUUUUUCAAUCAUUGAAGAACUUAAAAAUGAGAUCAUUUCUGCCACUGCCUGCAAUGCCAAUGUUGUUCUGCAGAAUGACAAUGCCAGACUGACCGCAGAUGACUUCAGACUGAAGUAUGAAAAUGAGCUGGCCCUGCACCAGAGCGUAGAGGCUGACAUCAAUGGACUCCGCAGAGUGCUGGACGAGCUGACCUUGUGCACUACCGAUCUGGAGAUCCAAUAUGAGACAUUCAGUGAAGAGUUAACCUUCCUCAAAAAGAACCAUGAAGAGGAAAUGAAAGUCCUGCAAUGUGCCGCUGGAGGGAACGUGAAUGUGGAGAUGAACGCAGCCCCAGGAGUGGACCUCACUGUUCUGCUGAACAACAUGAGGGCUGAGUACGAAGACCUAGCGGAGCAGAAUCGCAAGGAUGCUGAAGCCUGGUUCAAUGAAAAGAGCGCAACCCUACAACAGCAAAUCUCUGAUGAUGUCGGUGCGGCCACAGCAGCCCGGAAUGAACUUACAGAACUGAAACGCAGUCUCCAAACCCUGGAGAUUGAACUCCAGUCUCUCAUGGCCAUGAAACACUCCUAUGAAUGCUCCCUGGCAGAGACAGAAGGAAACUAUUGCCUUCAACUCUCCCAGAUCCAGGACCAGAUUGGGGCCCUGGAGGAUCAGCUGCAACAGAUCCGAACGGAAACUGAAGGCCAGAAGCUAGAAUAUGAUCAUCUCUUAGAUAUAAAGAUCUACUUAGAAAAAGAAAUCGAAACCUACUGCUGCUUGAUUGAUGGAGAAGAAGGGGACUGCAAAUCUACAUGUCAGAAAUCGAAAAGUUAUGGAACAGCAAAGCCAGGAAAUCAAGUCAAAGACUCGGCACAAAGCAAUGUGGUCAAAACAGUUGUUGAGGAAAGAGAUCCAAAUGGCCCGGUCCUUUCUGUGAAGGUUCACUCGGUGGAAGAAAAGUCCUCUAAGAUAAGCAACAUUACAAUGGAGCAGAGAGUACCUUCUAAAGCACCAUAA